UGUUGCCACAAUUUUUUUGAUUAUAUAAAGCGUAUUCGUUUUGAUGUACUUUUUAAGAUACGGGAGGAAUUAUUUAAGAUAGCAGUUCUUUACAACUGAUUGAUUUGAUUUUGUUUUACAUUUAAAAGUUGCAGAAUUACAUUUUGCAUAUUACAGUUGCCCUAGACUUGUUUUCAGUGUUGUUCUUCCUUCCCAUCUGUGACUGAAAGAGGAAGUCCCACCGCUUCAAAACAAGUUUGCAUUUGCCAACUUUAAAAUAAACAGUUGUAAUGUGGUACUGUUAAGUGUCUUUGAUAAUGCCAAGCAUGUUUCAUGGUUUUACUUCUGCUGAUAACUUACAGCAAAUGGCCAUUGCAAUAUUAAACCGGUUUUGUCUUAUAUAUUUUUUCUCUGUCCAUCUCAUAAUUUCAGCUGAAGCAAACAAUGUCCGCGUGUUCCAGAAGCCAAGAUUUCUUGGCGUUAAGACAGGUCGGUCUGUGAUGAUAUACUGUGUGUCGUCUCAUUCAUCUUUGCCGGCGAAUGUAGUGUGGCUUAUAGACCGGACUGGUUCAGAGACCACACUCGUGAACAGCCAAAGAAUAGAAAUAAAGGAGAAGAGUGAAAAAACAAAUGCCUCUAUUACCAUAAAGAAAGUGGAGAUUGAGGACAGCGGCGUUUAUUUUUGCAAGCUGAAUGGUACGCUUGGACCAGGAACUGCGCUACAAGUGUCCAGAUAUAGUGAGCCCCAAGCUAUCUUGCACAGAUCUAGAGUCAAGGAUGUUAUCAUUUUCCUUCAGGCUUUUCUGUUGAUUCUGUGCAUUGUCAUUCCUCUGGUCAAGUUUUACAAGCUGGAGAAGAAAGAAGAAGCAGAUUAUGAAGAACCUGAGGAUGAUCACAUAUAUGAGGGUUUAGAAAUCGAGCAUUGUGGUGGUGAUGUGUACGAGGACAUCUCUGCUUACGCCCAGCCCACAGAUGCAGAAUGGGAAGUUGAGUCCCCAGAGCAAGAGUGAGAAAACACACACAUCCAUAUCAGCUUCAACAGAACAAUGAUUACAUUCAGUCCACUAUCACGACAGACCAUCUGUGUGUGCUGUGUGCACACUGAUGAUGUCACUGAGAGUGAGUGUAUGUUUGAGAAAGAUUUCACUUGAAAGCAUGAAAAUAUUUUGGAAGCAGUAACCAUGCCGUUACUGUUUAUAUAAGUUUUGAUGAUGUUGUAGAAAUUACACAUUUACAUAAUAAUUCCCAGCUUACAGGGACCGUUCUCAGAUGUUCUCUCACUGUUACGAACAAACUAAUGUUAAUAAAAUAUUCGUUCAAAGUUAUGGUCUUUAAUAACAUUAUCAAAACAUUACCGCAAAAGAGUUAUUUACGCAUUAUUCAUGGAAUGUUUUUAAUGAAAUAUUUUAAUUGGACAGAUGGUUCAGAGAACAUUCAAAUGUAACAUUCCCACACUGUAACAAAUUUAAUGUAAAAUCAACAGUAACUUACUGGAAAAUAUCAUCAAUUUAACAGUAAUAUAAGGAUUACUGUAAUUAAUGUCACACUCUGUUUUUUUUCUUCUUCAAAGAAUAGCAUAAAUUGACAGUUACUUUCCUGUAAAUAGUUCUACGGUAUGACAGCUGUAAUACAUCAAUAAUACUGUAAAAGCUUCUUAAAUUACGGCAACUUACUGUAAACUGUUUUUACAGUAAACUUUCAC